UUUUGUAGUUUUUAAUCAUUCGACAGUUUGAAAUCCCCAAGUUCAAAAAUAAAGCUCAUAGGCGGGAGAUUUAGUAUUUAAAAUAUAUAAGUAUGUGUAUGAUAAUAGGCGAGUUAAACUAUAGUUAUAUAAGUUAAUAUAAAUAAAAAUAAAAUGCAGAUUUAGUUUUGUAUAGAAUUCUGGACUACAGAUUUAGGGGUUGAAAAAAAUAUAAGAAUUCAAUUUUCGUAAAUUACUCGUAGUGUGCAAAUUGAACAUCGGUGUACUAAUUUUCCCCAGGUGUGAAACUAUAUGAAAAUCUAAUAAAUUUUAUUUAUUUACUAAUUUGGCAAGUAUUUAAAAAAAACCAUACUUAAAAUAUGGUAACCCGUAGAAUGUAUGUACAAAGCGAAUGAAAACCGACGGCGAACGUUAAUUUUAAAAAGUAUUCAUUCGGUUGAAUUUUGUGUACUCUCCGUUCUCUUUCGAAGUUGUGUUGCGUUGUGCUGCGCGCAGAGCUGCUAUCGACGCUACCUGCUCCGCGCGCAGCGCUGUCGGUUGAUAUGAAAUUUCUUCUCAGCAAUGCUCUCAGUUGAUUUUGUGCGCUCAGUGAGGAAGUGCGCGCUUUUCUACAAGUUGUUCGUUACGUUUGGAUAUUUUCAGUGUGAUUGGAUUUUGUGCCCAACGACUGCUUGACCGGCCGGCUGCGAAUUUGGAACGAAAAACAGUGAGACGAAUGUGUGUGGAGAGGAAGGAAAAGAAACGGAAGAAAUACGAAGAGCCCGCUUAAUUUUUGAAAAACACAAGAAACGGUUUAAGGCUAACCAAAAGCCCAUGUGAAAAAUGUUAUUGUGUAUAUAUUUUUCAUUUAUAUCGCAAGCCAAUGUAAGAACUACUCAUAACGGAAUUGGCAAUUAAGAAACACAUUUGCGUAAAACUAUUUUGUUCUUUUAUGAAGUUAAAGUUUAAGAUACGAAUUAAACCAAUAAUAUGCACAUAACAUAACAAAGUAAAAUAUUGAAGUAUGGCUAGCUGUGAUUAACAACUUUGAGCGCGGUAAAGAAAAACAUUUUGAACAAAUAUAUGUGUAGGCAAUGUGCGAAAGUGUAUAGAAGACAAUGCGAAUAAGCUUAAGUAGUAAAACAAUUAUACAUGCCAAUACGUUUCUGUGAGUGUGAAGUUGCGAUUGUGUUCUUUUGUUUGGCACCAGCUCCGCCGGCUCCCUCGUCAUGUAAACGGUUCCGUUAAAUGUACAUACGUUCUUACGGAACGUCACAUAUUUGUUAAGAACAACUAAAUCGUGGAGUUGAUUCAAGUAAAUUGCAACAUAAAGCAAAAGACAAAAAAAAAAAGCGGCAAAUCGGUGAAUGAUACAAACUUUAAAAAUGUUCGAGCUGGAGGAUUAUUCAAGUGGCUACCACGAUGCAAUCCUUAAUAAGUACGCCGAAACAUCGCGACCGACAUUGGAUCUAUACAUCUCAGACUCGUUGCAGGACAUGCUGGACGUUGACAUACGCAGCGAAAUUUCGAGUGUAGUGGGGGGCAGCAAUGAAUUCGCUUCCCUGGUCAACGAUCUGCCGUCCUCUUUUGAUCACGCUAUCGACGCAAUUUCUUCUAUACACAACAGUAGUGGUAGUAAUUUAAACGCUGCUGCGCUAUCUUCCUCCACAAACAGCUUUUCCUCUUGGCUGGGAAACAUCUCAGGACCGUCAUGGUCAUCAUCGAACGAUUACUAUGUCGAUUUGGGCGCUUGUGUGGAUCCUGUGUCCGUAAUGCCAUAUGUAUCCUCAUCAUUGCUACAUAAAUCGCCGAAAGUAAAUUUAAAUGCGAAUAGUUUACAGAAUUCCGUAUGUUCUCCGCCACCCGCGUCACCGAACGUAAACGAAACCAAAUCACAUUUAACAUUUUCACCUGCCCAAUUAAAAAUUAGUGCCGGUGCGAUGCGCAACGAGCAGCUUUAUUCACACAUACCAAAGCAGAUAGUGGCGAUUUCAUCGACAGUGACAGCCGCUACCACAGCGCCGGCCACAUUGGCGACGAAUUCAGCGCUCCAACGUAAAAAUUCAAGUGCGGUGGAUACAAUCAAAAAGGAUUUAGGCGUUGAGUUGCGCAAGCUGACUGCCACAGCGACUGAUGAGAACAGAGUUACUGCCACAAGCAACAGUGUUGGAGGCAACGUGAAUGGUAAGCAGACUGCAAAUGGCUCCACAAAAAGCACCAGUAGUGGAAACAGUAACAUCAGCAGUAGUUUGCUAAACUCCAAUGGCAUGCUGAAUAGCACGACAACGAAUACCAUUAAGCUGGCGCCCGGUAUUGGUGGUCUAACUUUUGCCAACAGCAUCGCUUACAAUAAAUUGAAGCAGCAAUCUAGUGCGAAAACUAUACAAAAUGGACAAUCAGGCGCAGCGAACAGCACGAUUAUGCUCAAACGAGAACGUGACUCCAGUCCGUUGCAAAAUAUAAAUGUUGUGAAUGUCAACGGUAGCAUUGGCGGUGGUCAACAACAUGUCACAAAGUUGGUGGGUCGAAAUGUACAAAACUCUAGUUUUACACCAAAAAGCAUUGCAUCUGUACACUCGCCGCUGAUGCAGAAUACAAGCAAUUCGAUCGGUUCGCCGUCGUCGUCUUCAUCCUCAUCGCACUCGUCUCCGUCGACGGGUUCCAGUGGUGGUAGUUUUACCGCAGGUCUCAUACCAAUCACUGUCAACAGUAGUUCAGCCAAUACGUCAUCAUCCUCUGCCAGCACCACAACUAUUACAACAAUAUCCGUAAAGCCGUUACAACAGCGCAUCAAGGUGGCACCAGUAGAGUCUGAGUUUCCCAAGCCUGCAUAUUCGUACUCUUGUCUCAUAGCAAUGGCAUUAAAAAAUUCCCGCAGUGGUUCCUUGCCCGUAUCAGAGAUAUAUAGCUUUAUGUGUGAGCAUUUUCCAUAUUUCCGCACAGCACCGAGCGGCUGGAAGAAUAGUGUGCGUCAUAAUCUCUCGUUGAAUAAAUGCUUUGAGAAGAUUGAAAAACCCGCGACAAAUGGCAAUCAACGCAAAGGCUGCCUUUGGGCAAUGAAUCCGGAUCGCAUUGUGAAAAUGGACGAAGAAGUGCAAAAAUGGUCGCGUAAGGAUCCCAUGGGUAUACGCAACGCAAUGGUGCAUCCGGAUCAUCUAGAUGCAUUAGAGAGGGGCGAAAUGAAACAUGGCAGCUCUGGUGAUUCAGAUAUCGAAUUAGAUAGUCAAUCGGAAAUAGAGGAGACUUCCGAUUUGGAAGAGCAAGAACUCGACGACACCAUUGUGGACAAUAUGUUUGUCGAGGAGGACAUUGAAGAGGAUGAGAUGAUGAGUAGUGGCAUGGGUAUAAAUAAUUCGGAUGCGCUUAGUGAGUCGGGUGAUGUGAGCGGCUGUGGUGCUGGCGAGGAUGUCCUUGGCAUGCAACAAAAUCGAGAUUUUGAUAUAGAGGUGAGUUUGGAGACACACAAAAUUAAAAGAAUGGAGAAGAUGGUGCAAAGAGUGCUUAAGAGUGAGCAGAAGGUCGAAGAUAUUUACGAUGCAAUUGAUAUUGAAGACGAUAAAGAGACGAUGCAACGGCAUUUAACCGUGAAUACAUCCGACAUAAUUGAACUGAGUCCUGCCGAUUUGAAUGCUGCCGCACAGUCGCCGAAGCGUGCCCGCCUCAAUAUAAACUACUCCAUCGGUCCAGCCGGUGAGCUGGAGAAGCAAAUUCAACAACACAAACUGCAACAACAGCAACAAUUGCUAUUGCAAAAACAGCAGCAAAAACGAAAUCAACAACAACAACAUAUACAACAUAGUAUCAAACAGUAUAAAGUGCAGCCACAGCAUAUUGUUGUGCAAACGAUAAGGAAUGGUAGCAAAACAACAUCGAUACAGGCGAUUAAUACAGCGACAGGCACCACAAUCGGCAGCGUAAGUGGUGCCCUCUCCACCCUGUCACAGAUCAAUGGCGCAAUAUCAAACAAUCGUCGCAAAAUACAAUUAGUCAACCGAAUUGUUUAGAAAAUAGGAAUUUAAAAAAUUACUUCACACAAAGAGCCACUCAGGCAUUUGUUCCUAAAGAACAGGUCUCGGAUAGUGAGAACAUGAAAAUAUUCAUUUAAAAUAUUAUAAUAUGAUUAUAUUUAGUAUAACAAUAUGUAACACAAUGUAUACGCCGAUGAACGUAAGCGCUUAGUUACUCGCAAUUACUUGAAAAAGUUGUGACAUUUGCGACAAAAAUGAACAAAUUAUAAUAUCUACAGGACCAUUAUUUAAGUCCCGUUAAGUUCUUGUUCAAUAUUAGUUUUAUUCGUUUUUGAAGCGAAUUUGUUAUACAUAUUUCAAAUACAUACAUAUGUUAUCACACGAAAUGCAAAGGCAGAAAUUUCCUUAAACAAGGUUUUUAAAAUCGUAUGUGUCAAACACAGUUUUUACUUUGAUUAACUACACAUUUUUGCUUUGAAAACGAAUACACUAGAAAUAUUAACAAUACGAAAAUUUGCUUAAAAAUACGCUUAAAAUGUUGCGUUUACUCCGCAUUGUGUUUAUGUGUUCAUAAUGAAUUAAAUGCUUAAGUUAAAAAAGCAUAAUAUCGAACAUAUUGCUGUAAAUGCGAUUCUUGAAAGUUAUUUUUGCAGUGAAAUAAUUGCAAUUUCAAGGCUAUGCAUGCUCGCUUUACAGUUCACAGUCUGUGAAUAUUAAAAAUACAAAAUAUUCAUAAAAUUCGUGUGAGCGCGAAAUCGAAACAUGCAAUUCUAAGUUCUUCUCAAUUAUUUCAAUAAUUAUAUUGCAAUAUGACUUGUAUAAAAAAGUGUCCAAUAUUUUAUAACUAUAAUAAUUUAAUCUUAACAGAAGUUUUCUUUUCUUUUAUGUAUUUUGUUCACUUUAUAUAAAUUCGCUUUAGCUAAGUGCAAAUUUCUAAUGAGAAAAUUUAAUUUAGCUUUAAAUUCUUACAUACAGUAGUUUUAUAACAAAAAUUUUUGGACACAUAUCAAAUUUUAUGAACUUGACAAAUUAAUAAGCAUAAUUUUGUAGCUCUUCAUUAAUUUUGCCAACUUGAUCUCUUUGUUUAGUAAGCUUUGUUUUUAAACGAUUCGAAAAACGAAUGAUUUCUAAUUCUGAAUUUUUAGUGGCGCGAACACAAUCGAAGCAAACGCCGCCAGAGCCAGGCAUUAAAGUUAAAAAAAGUGUAUUUGCUUACAGUAGGAAUCUAAUAUGAAAUGCGUAGAAACCAUUAGGUAAAAUUGGUAUUUUUUAAGACAUUCUUUUCAAAUAAUGAAUUUAAGGUUUGUUUCUGAAGUGAUAAUAGCUGCUAACUACCACUUAGAGAAGAAGAAUGCGAAAAUGCCAAGUUGCUCGCACAAAGAAUGAAGCAACGAAAAAAGAUAAAACAUGAAAACAAACAGAAAUCAGCCAGAAAACCUUUGAUUUUUGUUUUUAAUAAUCACAUAUCAGCACUUGAGUAUUUGUUAAUAUAUUGUUAUUUUCACAAAACUAUUCAGAUAAACAAAAUCAAAGCAGAUGCAUCAAAUAUCGUUUGUUUACAGUUGCGUUUAAUAGCUGUUUCUUCAUAUAUCAUUAUCUAUUUUUUGCUAGCAGAACUUUACCUAACAGCUCGCUCAGCUGCUUACGCUAUCAACUUGCGCUCUCUUCUGCUAGUUUCUUGGAAAUGCUUUUCCAACAAAAAGUUGGCUAGCUAGUGAUACUUAGCCAGGCAGAAACAAACCCGUAAUUAUUUAAAGGAAUUCUUUCGUUGUUGAAAAAAAUCUUUGGUGAUAAGAUAACUGCUUUGAGUUUGGAACUAAUUCAGGCGCUUGUUUUGAUUGGGUACAAAACCAUAUGCUGUAAAUACAUACUUGUAUAAUACAAACGGAAACACACAAAAGUUUUGACUGAGCAGAAAGUCUCUAUAAUAAUAAAUAUAAUAUUAUUUUUGUACCUGCUGCACUUGUACAUACAUUUAAAAAAAGGGAGAAACAAAUGUUUGGGUUUGUGGGACUUUCGAAAACUUAAUGGACGAUUAAUAUCAUAUAAUAUAAUUUAGUUUUUAAGCGGCUCAAGAGCCCAAAUUUUGACCAAUCAAAAACAAUGUGAAAUUGUGAAAUGCAAUUACCAUACAUUUUGUAGGCGUAUUUACUAGGAAUAUAUGUUUUAUUUCAUUGGAGAUAACUUAUUGAUCGGCUCUGGUAUAUGGUCUGUGUACAGUUGCAUUUCAAGUCAUUCCUCACAUCAUUACCUUUUAUAGAUUCUAAAUAAAAUAUAGCAUAUUAAGUCAUAAAUACAUAUGUAAAGCCAAUCUUGCCAGGUCAGUAUUUAAGUAUAUUCAACUGAAAAACAAAACAAAUCUGCAAACAUUUCUUUUUAAUGUGCGGAACUACGUUUAUACAAUAGCAUAUACAUAUAUGCAUAUAUAUAAUUAAUAGUAAUGUAUGUAGAUGUGGCGCGGUGGGUGUUUUACUUACCUCAUUCAAACAGUCAAUUGAACAAAAAAUUCAUUAGAAUAUAUACAAAAAUUAAUAGUAACAUAACCUCAACUUACUACAAUAUUUUGUAAAUAUUAGUGUUAAGGUUCCAACUAAAGUAAAUGCAUACUGUAACUGCAUAAUUUUAUUUUAGAUAUAUCAACGACAACUACACCAAAACUCGAUAAUUCGUUUACUCUUUGCAUUUGUAUGCGCAUUUAAUGAAAAACUUUUAUUUUUUUUCUCGAAGCAGUGAUUCGGUUUGCCGAAUGCCCAAAAUGACAAAUAUACAAGUACAAGAAGUUUAUUAAUAUAAUAUUUUUUUUUUUUAGUUGCCGUCGUCAAACUUAAAUGAAAUAGUACAAAUUUAAUUUAUAUUAAAAACGGAAACAAAAACAUAACAUUCAGUGGCGAAAAACGUAGUUCUGGUUAAAUCUUCAUUAUAAUUUUACGUUUUCACGUAAUCGCAUUUAAAGUCAUUUACUAUAGCACAUAUGUAUAUAUCUACAUCAACAAGUAUGUAUGUAUGUAUGUUAUGAAAUUGGAGCAUUUGGAUAUGUUUAGACUAUUGUAUGCUAAUGCAUUUUUACGCGUGUGUUGAAAAAUAUUUAUACACAUAGACAUAUGUAUGAUAUGAAAUGUCAUGGGUGAUGUGGAAUGUCAGCGUGCGUUUAACUAUAGACCGUAAUAUUAGUACGUAAGUUUGUAAUAGUAUUCUUAUUUUUAUAUCACACUUAGGUAAGUAGAGUGUAGUAAGGCGUAAGGCAAUUGCGAAUUGUAUGUGCAAACACAUUUCGUUGU